GUUUCUUACUUCGAGAUGCUACUAUGUGGUUACAAACGAUCUCUGAUGCUACUUCAUUCUUUUGGAUAGAGGUGAUGCAUUUGAUUACGGUGAGAUCAACUUCACUCCUGAUGAGAUGUUGGAGUUAGGAAUAUUUUUAUCAUCUGCUUUAUUUGCAUUGCUCCUCUCUUUCGAUACUAUACCAGAAAAGCGAUAAGACUUCCUCCUAGUCACAUUCGAUGGUUCAAGUGUCUCCCAGAGAGCAAGAGGAAAUGGCCAGCAACGACCAAACCUCCAAUGAUGCAGACUUCACCUCCAAAAAGUCCAACGCUCACGAUGAGGGCUUGAGAGAAUGGUUCGAAGAAUAUAUGUCAGAAGACGCCAAAAUUCUUUCUAUUAAUCAUCAUCUAGUUCAGGCUGUAGCCUCUGAUGAGCUGGACGAGGAUCUAAUUGAACAGCGCAUAUCCAAUUCGGCAACCACUCCCAUUCUUGGAAGAUUCUGCAUCAAAUGUCAAGAACUUUUUGAUAAUUGGCCGACAUUGGGCAAUUCUUCAACUAGAGAGCACGAUUCGGAGCCUGGCUCGGAACAUGGCUGGGAACACGCGGCUGUGAGGCCAUGUAGCUCGUUCGAACUAGAAGCAUCAACACGGGCUGGGUGCAAAUUUUGCGCGUUUUUGAUCCAAGGGCUCAAAGAUAAGGAGCUACUUGAACUCUUUCGCAAAAUUGAGAAUCGGUUGUUACUCUUGGGCAAACAUUUAAUGUCUUAUUUGUCUAUUCAGAAUUGGGGCGCAAAUCCACAACAGCUGCUGUGGUCAAAUCUACCGGGUAAGAUUUGCAAUAGUCGUAACGUCGGAAUAGCGUCUGAGUUGUCAUUUCAUUCCUCUUUCCUUCCAUUAUCAGCCAAUUGUUAUGAAGAAUCGCCAGAUGUACUCAGCACAGCGAACGAUUGGCUAUCGCAUUGUAUUCAAAAGCAUGAAGCCUGCAAAGGCAAUGAACAUGGAGCUUUACCCACGAGGCUAAUAUUCGUCGGCGAAGAAUCGCCACGACUUGUCUUCACGUCCGAUUAUCAAGAGACAUUGCGAUAUGCAGCUCUAUCUCAUAGCUGGGGUUCUCGCAAGGUUAUCGUGCUUACCUCCGAAAACAUUGAUCAAUUAACGAAGGAAAUAUCACUACAGAUCCUACCAAAGACUUUCAACGAUGCAAUCAACAUUACACGGAAACUUGGCAUUGAUUUCUUAUGGAUUGACACUUUGUGCAUUAUACAGAAUGAUGAAGAUGACUGGAAUAAAGAAUCUGCGCUAAUGAGCUCAAUCUAUGGUGGUUCUGUUAUCACAAUAGCUGCCUCGUCAGCUCGUGAUAGCACCGAAGGUUGUUUUCUUAAACCACCAAACUUUAGUGGCGGCCUUCGAGUACGAAUCACUGAUGGUGGACAUCAAAGAGUACAAGACUUUCGAUCCGUGACAGAAUACGACCGUUCAACCUUAAGAGCCCAUCUUGGAACAAGAGCAUGGGUUCUGCAAGAGAAAAUGUUGUCGCCGCGAACCAUCCACUUUGGUGAUCGUGGCGCUUUUUGGGAAUGCAGGUCUUCAAUUGCGUCAGAGUUCUUUCCCAAUGAAUUCCCCAACCGAUUUGUUAAAUCACUUGUCUGUCGCACAAGGAAGUUCGAGUGGCAGUGGCCUCAAAUCGUUACUCUUUAUUCCGCAGCUAAUCUGACAUAUGGGAAAGACAAAUUACCAGCACUUUCUGGCAUUGCGAAAUCAAUAUUCGACGAGAAUGGCGAUCAGUAUUUGGCCGGGAUGUGGAGGAGAAAAAUCGAAGAGCAGCUUUGCUGGGGCCUGCAGAGAUGUAAGGCCUCGGAACGACCGCCUUGGCGAGCUCCUUCUUGGUCUUGGACUUCCAUCGAUGGGUCAGUAUCAUGGCCUGAAUUUUAUGAAUUGAGCCCUCAGAUCUUCGAUACCAAAUAUGCACAUGUUGUGGAUGCAGACACGACUACUUGCGGCUACAACCUUUUCGGACAGGUCACUGGUGGGUUUAUCCGACUUGCUUGCUCUGCUCUGGCAGUUGGCCAUAUUUUUUACACAGAGACUUUCGAUGUGGCAGGAUAUAAAGAUGUCGCUGCAAUUUUGUGGAAUGUUGGCGGCGAAAAGAAGAAAUUCCCAAUCCGUUUAGACUGUCUAAAUGAUGUUGACCAAGACUAUCCUCGACCUAUACAUUUAGUACCACUGAUUGGAGGCAAAACUCCCACUUUCAUCUUCGGCAGUGAAGGUGAAAUAAUCAAUAAAAUGAUGAUUGCGGGCAUCGUUCUUCAAAACGCACAUUCCGUAUCGAGAACAUACACAAGGAUCGGAAGUUUCAAGUUUUUCAGUAGAUUUCCAGAGAUUUAUACGAUGAUUUAUACGAUGAUUUAUACGAUGAUUUAUACGAUGAUUUAUACAAUGGAAAAAGAUGAUGAGGAGCUCUAUGAGCCAUUUUUACAAGUUCUAGAGGAACAAGGUCUGGCGACCGCUGAGGCAGCAUGUUCUGAGAUUCUAUCCGAUGCCGAUCCUCCCGAUCACCGGUAUCUCAUCACUGUUUUAUGAUGUCGAUUCAAGAUACAUGGUGAAAGUCAAAUUGUGAUUUAUUCUUGUCUCUGGUCCUAAUGAAGGCUUA